GCCAGGGAUUUAGAUGCUGGCAUACAUGGCAAUGUAGCCUACUCUCUGUUUCAAGGCAAUGGAGUAUCUCAACCAUUUGUAAUAGAUGAAAUCACAGGAGAAAUUCGUCUUAAAGGGGCAUUAGAUUUUGAGACAACUCCAUAUUAUGACAUGGAAAUUGUAGCUACAGACCCAGGAGGCUUUUCAGGAAAAUGCACUGUAGCUAUACAGGUGUUGGAUGUGAACGACAAUGCCCCUAAACUCACAAUAUCUUCGCUCACUAAUUCCAUCCCAGAAAAUGCUCCUGAGGCUGUAGUUGCUGUUUUCAGUGUCUCUGACCCAGAUUCAGGGGAAAAUGGAAGGAUGGUGUGUUCUAUUCAGAACGAACUUCCAUUUCUUUUGAAGCCCACAUUUGAGAAUUAUUACACUUUAGUGACAGAAGGGCCACUGGAUAGAGAGAGCAAAGCUGAAUACAACAUCACCAUCACAGUCUCGGACCUGGGCACACCCAGGCUCACAACCCAGCACACCAUAACAGUGCAGGUUUCUGACGUCAACGACAACACCCCCGCCUUCACCCAAACCUCCUACAACAUGUUCGUCCGUGAGAACAACAGCCCCGCCUUGCACAUAGGCACCAUCAGCGCCACAGACUCAGACUCUGGCUCUAAUGCCCACAUCAGCUACUCGUUGCUGCCGCCCCAUGAUCUGCAGCUGGCUGUCACCUCUCUCGUCUCCAUCAGUGAAGACAAUGGGCAGCUGUUCCUACUCAGGGCACUGGACUAUGAGGUCCUGCAGGCCUUCGAGUUCGGCGUGAGUGCCACAGAUCAUGGUUCACCUGCACUCAGCAGCCAGACUCUGGUACGCGUGGUGGUGCUGGAUGACAAUGACAAUGAUCCCUUCGUGCUCUACCCUCUGCAGAAUGCCUCUGCGCUUUGUAAGGAGCUAGUGCCCAGAGCUUCAGAGGCAGGUUACUUGGUCACCAAGGUGGUGGCAGUGGACCGAGACUCUGGCCAGAAUGCCUGGCUGUCAUUCCAGCUGCUCAAGGCCACAGAGCCUGGGCUGUUCAGCGUGUGGGCGCACAAUGGCGAGGUGCGCACCACCAGGCUGCUGAGUGAGCGAGAUGUGCCCAAGCACAGGCUGGUGCUGCUGGUCAAGGACAAUGGCGAUCCUCCUCGUUCUUCUACAGUCACGCUGCAUGUGUUGCUGGUGGAUGGCUUCUCUCAGCCCUACCUGCCUUUGUCUGAAGUCGUGCAGGACCCCACUCAGGAAGGUGAUGACGCUCUCACGCUUUACCUGGUCAUUGCCUUGUCAUCUGUGUCUUCACUCUUCCUCUUCUCUGUCUUGCUCUUCAUUGGGAUGAGGCUGUGCAAGAGGGCCAGGGCGGCUUCUCUGGGUGCCUUCUCUGUGCCUGAGAGCCACUUUCCUGGCCACCUGGUGGAUGUUGGCCGAACUGGAACUCUGUCCCAGAGCUACCAGUAUGAGGUGUGUCUGACUGGGGAGUCUGGAACUGGUGAGUUCAAAUUCCUUAAACCCAUGAUCUCCAACCUAGUGGUUCAGGACCCUGGGAGAGAAGUGAAGGAAAGUCCGCACUGGAGGCAUAGCAUUGUAUUCAGUUAACUGCUGUAUUUGUUUUAGUGAAUUUGUUUUUGGCAAAUUUAUUGCAAUAUGAUCCUCUUAAGAAAGUGAAUCGCUUUAACUAAGUAUUGACACUGUAAUCAAAGCAUAUGCAUGCCCUUCAUUACUAAAAGGUUUACUUCUUUCUCAAUAUCCACUGUACUUAGUAUUUUUUAUUUUAGUAGAUAUUAAGGACAUAACUUACAUUUUGCUUUAGCUCAAGUAUUACACAAUAAAAUUUUAUGUC